AUGGGGGGGGGGCGGGAGCCGAGGUGGUGGUGCUGGGAGCUGGGAGGGACCCGGCAGCAGCUGACUGACUUCAGCCUGGAGGGAGUCUGGGCCUGGGGGCUGCGACCAUCCCCCCCUCCCAGCAGCCUGAAAGCAAAAUGGAAGGGCUCCUCACACCUGCCCCAGCAGCUAAAGUUCACAACCUCAGAUUCCUGUGACCGGAUCAAAGAUGAGUUUCAGCUCCUACAAGCACAGUACCACAGCUUGAAACUGGAGUGUGACAAGCUGGCCAGUGAGAAGUCGGAGAUGCAGCGUCACUACGUCAUGUAUUACGAGAUGUCCUAUGGUCUCAACAUUGAAAUGCACAAACAGGCUGAAAUCGUCAAGAGGCUCAAUGGAAUUUGUGCUCAAGUCUUGCCCUACCUUUCACAAGAGCACCAACAACAGGUCUUGGGGGCGAUUGAGCGAGCCAAGCAGGUAACUGCUCCAGAGCUGAACUCCAUCAUCCGGCAGCAGCUCCAGGCUCACCAGCUGUCCCAGCUCCAGGCCCUGGCCUUGCCCCUGACUCCGCUGCCCGUGGGCCUGCAGCCUCCAUCGCUGCCAGCUGUCAGCGCAGGCACUGGCCUCCUCUCCCUUUCUGCCCUGGGCUCUCAGGCCCACCUCUCUAAGGAGGAUAAGAACGGGCAUGAUGGGGAUGCCCAUCAGGACGACGAUGGUGACAAGUCAGAUUAGAGGCACAGCACCGGGAGUGGGGGAAAAAGCUUGGUAUUUAUGGUGGCUGCUGGCACCCUGGCACCUCAGUGCCAGCUGGCCCAUCUAAGACGUUGCCCCCAGCUCCAUAGCUUUGACCGCUCCCCUGCCCCCUGCCAGCCCCUUACCCCUUCCCCUAAAUCCCUUGGGGUGUGAAUGGGACCGGACCGGGUCGGAAGGGAAUAAAAGAAUGAACCCACCUUAGCUCCAAGCGCGCCUCCCCCCCUUCCCUGUGCACAUAUGUAACCGACCCCCCUUUCCCCGCUCCCCCCGUUCGGCCUGUUUGCUGCGCACCCAGCACAGCAGUUCCCCAGUCCCCUCCUGGUACUGCAUGCAAUCACGGAUGCCAGCCGGCCCCGGGUUCCUCCCCUCCAUCCCCCCAUGUAGAGGCUCUACCUUGUUCCUCUCCUCCUUUCCUCCCUCCUGCCAUUUGCCUGCCUGACUCCUCCCAGGCUCUGCUCCAUCACCACCUAACCUGGGACCUGAGCCCCGUUGCUUUGGGCCAGGCACUGGGAGAGAGCUCAGCAGUAGGCGAGGGGAGGCUGGGUGGAGAGGGCUUGGGGGACCUGCUUCCUCCCCCACCCCAUGCCCACAAAUAAAGAUGAGGGUACCACAUUUGUCUGGUUUUCUUUCAGUCUGCUAGCCUGUCUUUUAAAAAGAAGAAACAAAAAAAAAAUUCACCAAAAAAAAAAAAAAAAGCCCCAUUUCCCUUCCCCCCAAUUUCGUGUUUGUAUAUAGUCCUUUAGAUAAACUUGUCAGCUUCUGGUGUUCAUUAACCUAAUACAGAGGAGGAAUGGAGACACUGUAUACUAAGCUUGUACUAGCUGUGCCUUUCAAAUAAAGAUGUGAGAUGGUUGGUUUAAA